GAGAAAUGAAACUCAGCCCACUUACCGGAAAUGAUUGGAAUGUUGGGGGACGUGCAGAUGUGCAGUAUUCCAGUGCACCACACAGUCUGCGACAGAAGCUGAUAGAGAAAGAGCUGAAGACAUGGCACAAACGUUUAAAGGAAAACCAGGAGACCUGAUCGAGAUCUUCCGUGAUGAACCCUAUCAGCACUGGGCUGUCUACAUCGGAGGACAAAUGGUGGUUCAUUUAGUUCCAGAGGGUGGUCAGUCAUCUGGCUCGUCAGCAAAUCCAAGCAGCAGCAGCAGAGCAGAGGUGAAGCUUGAGAAGUUUGCCGAUGUGGUCGGCAGUGACCGUUACCAGGUCAACAAUCUGCUGGAUGACAAGUACAAGCCUUGUGAUCCUUCCAUCAUAGUGAAGGAGGCCUGUGAGAGGGUGGGCCGCGAGCCAAAGUAUGACCUUGUUGAUUACAACUGUGAGCACUUUGCCAACGAGAUGCGAUACGGCAAGGCAGAGUCUCGUCAGGUGGAAAAUAACGUUUGGAAUGCAAUCUUCACUUUCACCUUGUUAAUCGGAGGCUUGGUCACCGGAGACUCCCCUGUCUUUCGAAGAGUCGUAGUUUUGGCAUUUUUUGUCUAUUUAGCUCUGUUUCUCAGUCGUUUCAGCAGUUAAGAGUCUCUUUGGAUAAAAAGCAUCAGCUAAUUGAAACGUGAUGUCUCUCUCGUGUAACAUCAGAGGUCCAACUCAGUGUCUUGUAGCCAUGCCCUUGUCUCUGGUCCCACGUCAAAGAGGCCGGCUUCCGAGGGUGGUCUGUGUAGGGGGCAGGUGGUCAUAAUAUGUUCGACAGUCUGUUCAGGGGCACCACACUCGCAUGCAGCGCUAUGAAACGUGAUGUGAUAUGAUGUGAUGUGAUGUUAGGGAUGUUUCUUUGUCUUUCAUGUCAUUCCUCACUUUUUAAACGGAUCAAAUAAUCAUCUGCACACAAUUUAUUUGCAAUAAAAUAAUUUAAGAUACAA